AGCGUGGUGCCGAUGCCGAACGAUUUGUACGAUGAUAAACCUAACCUGUGUAAUCCAGCUAUUUUUAUGUGUCAAAUUUGACACGUCAAAACUGGCCUUGUGUUGCAACGUACAACAAAUGUACCUUUAACUUUUUUUUUAUACAUACAAAUGGUUCUUGUUAAUCAUAGAGUCAUGGUGCUAUUAUGUUUUCUAAUUUGACAAACGCGUCAUGAUCUUGGAACACAACAAAGAAUUGUAAGGGGUGUGGGUUAUCAUGGCGGAAUUUUAUCUGAAGAAUGGCUGGAAGAUCCACCGGUAGCAGGAAGAGUAGUCGACAAAGAAGGAAGCAGCGGUUAAGAAUGUCAAGUAAAGGUGAUGGAGAGGGUGGUGGGGAAGAGGAGGAGGAGGAGGAAGGAAUGUUUCUCAGGAACCAAUCUACACCUGACGACUGUUUGGAGUUAAUAGAUAGAUCAGAGCAUGGUGCGGGGAAAAGUAGAAAGAAAAACAAACAUACUCAACAGUUAUCAGUACACUUUGAGGAUUCAGCUUCCGAAAAUGUUUGGAUUACUACUAUACAGGUAUUUGUGCCCUUUCUUGUUGCUGGAUUGGGCAUGGUCGGAGCUGGAUUGGUAUUGGAUGUUGUGCAGCACUGGGAAGUGUACCAAGUUGUGUCUGAAGUUUUCAUCUUAGUACCUGCACUCUUGGGCCUCAAGGGUAAUCUUGAAAUGACAUUAGCAUCACGUUUAUCUACACAAGCUAAUUUAGGAAUAAUGGAUAGUCGGCGAGAGCAGUGGAAACUCAUUGCUGGAAACAUGGCUCUAAUCCAGUGUCAAGCAAUGGUUGUCGGAUCUCUUGCUGCUUUUGCUGCCGUGGUCAUGGGUUGGAUACCUAAUGGUGACUUUAAUUUUGAUCAUGCACUGUUACUUUGUGCCAGCUCAAUGUUGACUGCAUCACUUGCUAGUUUUGUCUUAGGCGGAAUAAUGGUCGCUGUAAUUAUGUUCUCCCGCUGGGUGAAUAUAAAUCCUGAUAAUGUUGCCACUCCCAUUGCUGCAAGUUUGGGUGAUUUAACGACUCUAGCUUUAUUGUCUUGGAUUGCAUCAAUGUUGUUUGAAGCAAUUGGACAAAACCACUGGCUGGCUCCUGUAAUAAUUGCAGUGUGUCUAAUUCUGACUCCAAUUUGGGGUUUCAUUGCUUUCUCCAAUCACUACACCAAAGAAGUGUUGGACAGUGGAUGGACCCCCGUAAUUUCUUCCAUGGUUAUCAGCAGUGCGGGAGGAUUAAUUUUGGAUUAUACUGUAAGCACUUUCAAGGGUAUUGCUGUAUUUCAACCUGUGAUAAAUGGUGUUGGUGGGAACCUAGUUGCAGUGCAAGCCUCCCGUAUUUCAACUUCCUUGCAUCAGAAAGGCCAUCCCGGUUACUUCCCUUUAGGUGCACCUCCUCUUUGUCUUGGUCCGUUUGCUGCAUUUUGUGCCUCUGAUAAUCACUCCAGAACUGCCAGGGUUCUACUUGGAAUGGUCAUACCAGGACAUUUGAUUUUCUCCUAUACUAUUAGUUAUCUACAUGCAGGACAUACAUCUCUCACAGCUGUUUUCAUGCUUAUUUACCUAACAGCUGCUGUUCUCCAGGUUUUGCUUCUUCUAUAUAUUGCCCAUGUGAUGACACACUGGAUGUGGAAACAAGGAAUAGAUCCAGAUAACUCUGCCAUACCUUAUUUAACUGCCAUUGGUGAUCUGCUGGGAACGGGCCUGCUAGCUGUAGCCUUCCAGCUACUUUAUAUUAUUGGGGAUGGGGACAGUGAUGUGGGUGAAUGAGUGAGCACACUUGACUGAUUAGAUGUCUGUAACGAGGUUUGGUCUGUUCUUUUCUUCGAGGUGUGCUUACCUGGAGCGUAGCCAGGAUUGUUUUUUCUGUGUGUGUGUGUGAGUGUGAGGAGGGGUGGGGAUAUUGUUUUGCACACUUGCCUGCUAAUGUUGUUUCCAAAUUAGCAACCAAGGGUGUGUCAGGGGUCGUGGCCCCCUUCCAGUGUAUGUGCGUGCCUGUGCAUUACUGAAACCUAUAUUUGUGCCCCUUGCUAACAAAUUUUACACGAUGCCAAAAUUUAUCUUAAUUAAUUAAGCUGUUCUCUGGCAUAUUUUGUGAAGGCCUGGGUACUUCAUUUUUAACACUUUCAGUGUGUUAGAGGGGCACACCACACUUAAAGUGUUAAGUACCUUUUAUAGACUUGGUGAUUUUCUAGAGAAUUUGUUAAUUGUGAUGUUAAAAGUAUUUUACUGAAACUAUUGCUUUUCUGUAUGUUACCUUCCAAACAUUAAGACUAGUAGAGUUGUUUGUUCCUCUACCAUACUUUUAAAAAUAUGUUCAAGAGAAAAAGACACCACAUUGUUCCUUGUUUUACUUGUUCAAGUUUUAAUAAAAAGAAAGAGAUUAAGAA